AUGGCGAGUCUGCUCCGACACCACGACACCAAGGUCCUGGUGGCGUUUUGGCUACUCGGCCUGAUAAAUAACGUCCUGUACGUCAUCAUUCUUUCGGCCGCCCAAGAUCUCGUCGGCUCCUCGAUUCCAAAAGGCGUCGUUCUCCUCGCAGAUGUCAUGCCGUCCUUUUUCACCAAGCUCACGGCGCCGUACUUUAUUCACCAUGUACCGUACCGAGUGAGAGUCCUUGUGUUCAUCGCCUUGUCAGCCGUCGGUAUGCUCAUGGUUGCGUUGACGCCGCCGUCGGGUUCCGUGUCAAUCAAGAUGCUUGGGGUGGUGAUGGCGAGCCUAAGCAGUGGAGGAGGCGAGCUCAGCUUCUUGGGGCUAUCGCACUACUACGGACAAAUAAGCCUGGUAGGAUGGGGGUCGGGAACUGGUGCAGCGGGCUUGGUAGGAGCCGGCCUGUACGUUGCCUUGACUGAAUGGUGGGGAUUCAGCGUAAGAGACAGCUUGCUGUUCUCGGCAUGUUUGCCUGCCGUCAUGUUUGUCAGCUUCUUCUUCGUUUUACCGCUGCAUCCAUUGCGAAGCUCCUUGCAGCAGAGACAGAAGGACUAUGAGACGCCGCCGGAACAGCAUCUUGCGGAAGAGGAUGAAGAGGAUAUGCCUCAGGGAGCAGCUUCUUCUGCGUUGCUGGCCCCGGGUGCGUCCGACGUUGAUGCAGCGUGCUCGUCGACGCACCUGCAGGGGCGGCCAAGCUCGUUCAAAAACAAUUUGAGCCGCGCCAGGUCCCUAUUCAUGCCAUACAUGGCACCUCUCUUACUGGUUUAUAUUGCGGAAUACAUUAUCAACCAAGGGGUCUCGCCGACCCUGCUGUUCCCCGUCGAAUCAUCUCCUUUGGAAGAAUUUCGCGGCUUCUACCCCGUGUACGGAUUUUUGUAUCAACUCGGCGUCUUUGUAUCCCGAUCAUCCACUCCGUUUAUCCGCAUCCACAGGCUCUAUGUCCCUUCCGUCCUGCAAGUCGGCAACAUGGUGCUUCUGACUCUGCAGAGCUUGUUCUUCUUCAUCCCUUCGGUGUACAUUGUCUUUGUCAUUAUAUUCUGGGAAGGCCUGUUGGGAGGCGCAGUAUACGUGAAUUGUUUCGCCGAGAUUAUGGAGAAGGUCCCGGAAGAAGAGCGGGAGUUUAGUCUAAGCGCCACCACUGUAAGUGACAGUGGAGGCAUAUGUGUUGCGGCAUUUGCAAGUAUUCUGCUGGAGCCGAGGCUUUGUGCAUAUCAGGUGGCGCAUGGGAGGGAUUGGUGUCGGCGGAUUGAAGCCCAACAAGGCUGA